AUGUCAGUUGAAAGAAAGGAAGCUCAGUUGAAAAAACAAAUUGAAUACAUUCACCAAUCUGCAGAAUCAAAGAGAGAUGAAAUUAUAUCAAAUGCUAAUCAAGAAAGUGAAAAAGAAAAAAAUACUAUAAUUGAAAAAGAAAAAGUAAAGAUAGAUUUAGAAUUUAAUAAAAAACUUAAAGAAACAGAAACAAAAAAGAAAAUCUCACAUUCACAAGAACUUUCUGCUGCUAGACUUCAAUUAUUAAAAGCAGAAGAUAUUCAUAUUCAAUCAUUACUGACAGAAGUACGUGAUAAAUUAAUAAAAUCAACACAAGAAAGUAAUUAUCCUGAAAUACUUAUAAAAUUAAUUCAAGAAGGAAUUAAAAAAUUACAAGAUAAUAACAUCACAAUUCGUUGUGUUGAACGUGAUAUUAAAUUAGUUGAAAAGGCUAUUAAACAAAUAAAUAAAGAAUAUCCAAAAAUUAAAAUUGAUAUUGAUACUAUGUUUUAUUUAGAAGAAUCUGUUAUUGGUGGUGUUACUAUUGCAUCAUUAGGUGAUAGAAUUAUUUGUAAUAAUACAUUAGAACAUCGUAUGAAUCAAGCAUUAGCUAUAGCACUUCCAUUAAUAAGAAAGAUUCUUUUCCCUUCACUUAAGACCCAAACUCCCAUUCAAUAA